CCGGAGGAGGCACAGCACCAUGCUGCGGCUGGGCCGGGCGGGCCGGCGGCUGCUGCCGCGGGAGCUGCUGCGGCGAGGCCGCGGCUCGGGGCCGGAGGGCGUCCCGCGGCGCGGCGCGGAGGUGCUGGUGGGCACAGCCGGCGGGGACGGCAGCGGUAUUGCUGAAAUCCUAAUGAACCGACCCCACGCAAGAAAUUCAUUGGGAAAAGUAUUUGUAAAUGAACUGUUCGGCGCUCUGGAACAACUCUGCCUUGAUGAGAAGGUUCGUGUGGUGGUGUUCAAGAGCGAGGUGAAAGGUGUUUUCUGUGCUGGUGCAGACUUAAAGGAACGUGCAAAGAUGGAUGAUGCAGAAGUUGGACACUUUGUUAGAAGGCUGAGAAAUCUCAUGGAUGAAAUAGCUGCCCUGCCUGUACCCACAAUUGCUGCAAUAGAUGGCUACGCAUUGGGUGGUGGACUAGAACUGGCAUUAGCUUGUGACCUUCGAGUAGCAGCUUCAUCAGCUAAAAUGGGCCUUAUUGAGACCACAAGAGGCCUUCUUCCUGGAGCAGGUGGAACCCAGCGCCUGCCCAGGUGUGUUGGAAUAGGUCUUGCAAAGGAACUCAUUUUCACUGGCAGACAGAUCGAUGGACAAGAAGCCUUCUCCAUGGGAUUAGUAAAUCACACAGUGCCUCAAAAUGAUGUGGGAGACGCAGCUUACCAGAGAGCAUUAGCUUUGGCUAAAGAAAUCCUUCCUCAGGCUCCAUUUGCUGUGAAAAUGGGAAAACUGGCAAUAAACAGAGGAAUGGAGGUUGACAUUGCGUCAGGGAUGGCUAUUGAGGGGAUGUGUUACGCCCAGAACAUUCCGACAAGAGACCGUCAGGAGGGGAUGGCUGCCUUCAGGGAGAAACGGCCACCUCAGUUCACUGGCAAAUAAAGCUUCCUAGCUUCCUUUGGCUUCUUUGAGGGUGAAAUAGGACUGAAGAGGACACACUCAUUUCUUAGAAUCAUCUUUAUGACUGCAUUCUGUGUACUUAACUCCUUGCCUUGGACUGCAUUUUCUGAAUACUCCACUGGAUCAUUUUGCUGUGAGAAUUUCCAAAUAAAGACUUACCUUCGUACA